GAAAGCCGCGGUGGCGCGCGCGCGGCUCGCGCCAACUUUUGCCUUUCGCAGACACGUAGAGCACGUGAACGCAACCACGUGGUCAAGUGCGUGACAGCGGGCAGCGAGAAAGAUAGCGGGGAAACGGAGCUGCUCUCAGCGAGGACUCGGCCGGGGUGCUACACCUAGACAGUGACAAGUUUUCGCGAACGCGACUCCGGGACUCCUCCGGGGUGCCGCCAAUCCGCCGCAGCCGUGUACACGAGAACAACCGUCAACCUGGAGCCCACGUGCCAGAAACGACGGAAAUGUGAGGCCGAUGGGAAGGAGGCGAAGGCGGAGCUGACGGCGCAACGCAAUAUGUUCCCUAGCGCUCAAAUUAAAAUGAGAUUGCUGUCGCCAAGCAGUUCGCCGGCCACCUCGCCCACGAUGUCGAAUUCUUCGUCGCCAACACCACCGACGCCGGCGGCCCCAGCUUACAACCAGAAGAUGACCGGUAUUCCUUGCGUAGCGGCCGCUUCGAGGUACACCGCGCCGGUCCACAUCGACGUCGGCGGAACGAUAUACACAUCCUCCCUCGAGACCUUAACCAAGUAUCCGGAAUCCAGGCUAGCGAAAUUGUUCAACGGCAGCAUCCCCAUCGUUCUGGACUCGCUGAAGCAGCAUUACUUCAUCGAUCGAGACGGCGGCAUGUUUCGGCAUAUAUUGAACUUCAUGCGAAAUUCCCGACUGCUGAUACCCGACAACUUCGCCGACCUGGAUCUGCUGCUGGAGGAGGCGCGGUACUUCGACAUAGCACCGAUGUGCCGGCAACUGGAGCAGAUGAAGAAGGAGCGCAUCAAGAACGGCUCGACGACGACGAUGUCGUCAUCGUCGCCGAGCCCACCUCCGACCGGACAGCACGUCGGCCGCGGCACCACCGCCUGCACCACCGCGCCCUGCAAUCGUGACACCGAGAAAAUGCGCGGCAACGACGGCAACUGCAGCUACGAGUGCGUGGCGUUGCACGUGAGCCCGGACUUGGGCGAGCGGGUGAUGCUGUCGGGCGGGCGCGCGCUGCUGGACGAGGUGUUCCCGGAGACGACGCAGGCGGUGAUCGACGCGCGCUCCGGCGUCGCCUGGCACCAGCAAGACGCUCGCCACGUCAUCCGGUUUCCGCUCAACGGCUACUGCAAGCUGAACUCGGUGCAGGCGAUCACCAGGCUGCUGAACGCCGGCUUCCGGGUGGUCGCGAGCAACGGCGGCGGCGUCGAGGGCCAGCAAUUCUCGGAGUACCUGUUCGUCAGGCAGGCCGUCAACACUUGACGGAACAACGCGCACCACCACCACCAUCACCACCACCACCUCCACUACCAGCGCAAAACGAUCUCCAGGUCGAUGGUGUGCUGCCUGCAGCGCGACCAGGAGCCGGAGUGAGUUCUUCAACUGCAAACUCCCGGGAGAAUCUCCCACUCAAGACUGCAUCGCGGAUCAUUCAUCACGGUCGUUCGGAUCACACACGCGGAAACGGGGUGUCUCGGCACGAGGAUACAAGGCUGACAAGAAGAGACCGCAACUGUCGCGCCGAGGCCAGAAAGAUGAUGGAUCGAAAUAUUGUACGAGUGAUAAAGUUCUCUUGAAAUUUCCUGUGUGGAAUUCUGCACUCAAAAGGUAGGUCGACAGUCCGAAUCACCCGAGUGACUUUUCAUUCAUAGAGAGUGAACUCUUUCACUCUGAAUUAGGGAAUGAUCAUUUUCACUCGAAAUCGAAGAGUGAAUGCGAUUUGAAAUAGAUUCACUCUGAUUGACUGAAGUAUUCACUCUAAAAUUGAGUGAAAUAUUCACGCUUGUGAUUUUGAGUGAUAAUAUUUUCACUGCUGCUUUGAGCAAAUUUUUGUCUGUUUUGAGUGAGAUUUCACAUUGCAAGAAAUUUAUAAGGAAUAAAAUAAAAGAAGAGAUGUAUAAAAUUUUUUUUAUAAGAAUAAAUUGGGAGAAAUCUGAGGAAGAGCAGGAGAGGUAAUCGGUACGUGGCUAUUUCGAAACGACGGCAGCGUUGCUCAUCGGAGAACGUUACAAUUAACGUGAUACUAGUUAGGUCGAGCUUUAUGAUGUAAAUUGACGACAAAUCGCGGCGCUUCCGUGCGAGGAAUUGCUGAAAUGGCGUUGAGCGGCAGUUGCGACGAUUGCGAAACGUUACAACGGGUGUGGCUUGAAACAGAUCGUUGUUGGUCGUCACGGUGAUUGCACGCGAAUUGUUGCAAACACAGGGUGGCCGACAACUCGCUAUGAGGCCAUGGUGCGCAGGUAGAAAACACCAACCUGAGCAAGAGGCCCCUUAUCGUUCUUCAAGUAACGAAAUUUUAUGUGAUUGUUUGAGAGACUAUGGGACCUUUUACUCACGUUGAUGCGUUCUACCUGCACUCUGCGGUUCUGUAACAAAUUGCCGGGAACUCUGUGUGUAUUUCCAAAUUAGGUAUAUAAUUUUAAGACGAACAUCACCGCUCUCGAUUCAUUAAACGACGAUCGCAUUAAGCCACAUCUGAACGAGAAGGCCGAACAGCGUAUAUAUAACGCGAGCCCGACGAUGGCAACGAUGUAUCGCAUGACUCUCAUCUCGACGAAGCCUAAACCGUAAUAUUAAUCAUAUACACACCGCAAUUCCGUGUUCUUCCCUCGUUCAUUGUAAAAAUGCACGUAUCACCGGAGCGAAAAUCAUAGCCAUAAUACAGCAUAAGGAACGAAUAAACGCUUCCAUCUUUCACACAUUCAACUAUUGCACGAUUUUAACACUGUUCGCAAUGGAAUGCCUAAUUCCAUGCUCGCAUACGUAUGCAUACAUGUAUGCAUACACACACGUACACACACAUACACAUCGUUGUCCAUUCCUCGCGUUACGAGCGACUUGCGUUUGAGAAUAUCGAGUGCGCUGACCCUUAACAUUGUUAUUAUUUAAUAAAGUGUACCUAUAUGUGUAUUUAAAUGCCAUACUAAUUACUGUAAAUACAGCGAAUAAACGUGUAUAUACAUACACACAAUACA